AUGGCUCCAUUUGAAGCACUACAUGGUAGGAGAUAUAUAUCUCCAAUUGGGUUGUUUGAGGUUGGUGAUUCCUUACUCCUUAGUCCUGAAAUAGUCUAUGAAGCUUUUGUGAAAGUUUGUGUUAUAAGGGAUAGGUUGAAAAUGACCUACAGUUGGAGAAAGUCUUAUGCUGAUAAUAGAAAAACAAAUCUUGAAAUUGAAGUCGGUGAUAAAGUUUAUUUGAAGAUUUCACCUAUGAAAAGGGUGAUGAGAUUCGGCAAAAAAAGGAAGUUAAGUCCCCGGUAUGUGGGUCCCUAUGAGGUUUUGCAAAAGGUCAUAAUGGUUCCAUAUGAAAUGAGAUUACCUAGUGAACUAGCUUCGAUUCAUCUAGUAUUCCGUGACUCAAUGCUUAAGAAGUGGAUUGUCGAUCCCGUGUCCAUAUUUCGUAUUGAAGGUCUUGGUGUGGAUGAGGAUCUUUCCUAUGAAGAGGUUCCGGUGGAAAUUUUAGAUUUCCAAGCUAAGGAGUUGAGGAACAAAAAGGUGACCAUCGUAAAGAUUCAAUGUGGGAACUACCUAGUUGAGGGAGCAACAUGGGAGGCUGAGGACGACAUGAAAUCCUGUUAUCCUCAUAUUUUCCUAGCUAAGAAAAUGAAUACUCGAAGGAACGUGGCACAAAGACUUGAAGAAGAGAUUACCAAUGUGGGAGUUCCUCCGCGUGGUGAUCAAGUUCCUCCCCUUGAUAAAGAUGUUAAUGAUGACCAAGCUCCGGUCAAUCUUCCUCCUUUGAAGGAUAGUGACAUAAGGGUGGCUCUUUUCCAAAUGUCCCAAACCAUUACUACUUAA